AUGAUACAAACCGAAAGAAUGAAAAGAGUUUUAGAAAAUCGACAAAAUAUUAAACCCAUAAUUGAAGCCAUAAUGUUGUGUGGGUGUCAAAAUAUGCCUUUAAGAGGACACCAUGACUGGAAACGUAUACAUGUUAAUGAUAAUGUACAAAAUAAUCAAGGACAUUUUCGGGAAAUUAUUCGUUAUCGGGCACAGGGAGACGAUGUACUAAGGUCAAUUCUAAAAAGUGAAAGGACAGUAAAAUAUCUAAGUAACACUAGUCAAAAUGCCAUCAUAGAUUCUUGCAACUCAAUUUUACUCAGUAAAGUUGUAGCAUCGAUUAAUAAGGCAAAAUGUUUCGCAGUACUUGUUGACGAGACAUCUGAUAUUUCCGGAAUGGAACUAGUUUCUUUGUGCCUCAGAUACGUCGACUUAGAUAAAUUAGAACUCCAUGAAGAUUUUCUUCAAUUCAUACCAACAAAUGAUACUACAGGAAAAGGCCUAGCAAAUUCAAUUUUAGAAAAUCUUAGUGCGUUUGGCGUAGAUCUAAUAUAUCUUCGUGUUCAAGGAUAUGAUGGCGCUGCAGCAAUAAGGGUGUACAAGCGCACAUAA